GGCGCACUCUUGUCCUCGUCGUCUCCCGCUCUUCAUUACUCUUCGCUCUUCUCAUCUCUUCACAUCCCAUCCCAUCCCUCCCAUCCCCAUCUUACCACCCUACACUAGUGGACGGCGCGCCACCCUUCGCCCCAUCCCCACCCAUCACUCAUGUCCGCACCACCACCAACGCUGCCUGUGCCUGAGGGCGCCGCGUCCGAUGAUUUCGAGGCCGACGCCGGUGUCGAGGACGGCCCGCCCAAAGAGGAGGCGGUCCACUUCUGUCUGCUUGCCGAGUUCGACAUUGACGCCGGCGCGACACUAGCCCAUCAAUACCCUUACCCGACUGGCACUGAGGAGCACCGCCUUGCCGAGCUCAUGCUGCCCGACGGCGCGCACCUGCGCGGCGAGGACUGGACCGUGUUUUAUCUCGGCCAGACGGAAAGCAUGUCCGUGUCCCCAAUGCUGAGCCACGAGGAUAAGGCUAGAAUGAGCAAGCGGAUGAGCAUGCUGCCGCCCAGCGAGCGGCCGCGGCGCGGCACUCCUGGGGGCGGCCUGCUGUACGUUCUCAACUGUGUGCGAAUGAAGGAGGACAAGAGCGUGCGCCGCGGCGCCAUGGUCAAGGCUAUGGCUAUCGCUACGCCUCACCCUCACAUCGGCAUAUACAAGCCGCUCCUCCUGCUCGCCCUCGACGAGUAUUUCAACAACCCAAGCCCGGAGGUGCUCGCCAAGCUCUACGACUCAGCCAACAACAUCUCGGUUGUCGGCAUGCCAAAGCUUAACCGCCACGAGCAGAUUCUGCUGCGCCAGAGUGACCGCAAGGACAUGUUCGAGGCCCGGUUCGGGCAGCACGCUCCUCAGACGGCGGCUGACGACGACACCGCCGAUGUCUCGUCCAUCGCCGAGGCGAGCACGCGCGCGCCGAGCAUCUCCUCGAGCCGGCCACCCGUCACGCGCAAGGACAGCUCGUCCAGUUCGCAGGUGUACAUGUCGUACAACGACAUGCCAAAGCGACACGGCGUGCCUCGCGACACGCACUUUUUCGAGACCGAGGCCAAGUUCAAGAAGAUAACGGUGCCUAUCCGCAUCCCGAUGACUGUCUUUGACGAGGACGUGGGCGACUACUCGAUCAUUGAGCUUGUGCAGACAUUCUCGCAGAACGUGCAGCCGUUCCCGCCGCCAUUCCACCCAGCACUACACACCAACGGCGCAUACACACACCCAGUCUUCCUCAUCUUCAACGCGAUGCUUGCGCACAAGCGCAUCAUUUUCCUCGGACACGGGCGUCCCGCAAACCAGGUCGCGCGCAUGGUGCUUGCGGCAUGCGCGAUGGUGUCAGGUUGUGGGCAAGUGCUGCGCGGCUUCACCGAAACGGCGUUCCCGUACGCCAACCUGGCCUCGCUCGACGUUCUGGAAGAGUUCGACGGCUACGUGGCUGGUGUGUGCAACCCGCGCUUCGAGGAGCUCCCCUCGACCUGGGACGUGCUGUGUAACCUCGAGACAGGGCGCGUGACCGUCAGCAAGGAGCUGCAGAUGCCCGGCACAGUCCAGGGCACCAAGAGCGACCUGACAAGCGACCGCAGCGUGAACACGGGCGGCAAGGACGAGGACUCUGCCAUGGCCGGCGGCAAGGCACACAGCGUGUCCAAGACCGACUGCUUGGACAACCAGUUCGUCGAGGAGAUACUCACCGCGUCGAGCGCGCACUACGGCGAGGGCCACAUCCGCGUGCGCUGGACCGACUACAUCUCCCGCUUUGUGCGUCUGGUUGCGUACCAGGAGCAGCUGCAUCUCGGCUCUACCCGCUUGGGGUGGCAGUACCAGCCGUUCCGUGAUGGUCACCUCGGCAGCGGCAUUGUUUUCAUCGAUGACGACCUGCGCCAGCGCGAGAUGCGCGGCAACGCGCACCGCAUCGACGCCUGGCGCAAGACUAAGAGCUACCGCUUGGCGCAGAAGGAUUGGGUACGCGAGCAGGAGAACGCGGCCAUCCGCGGCUUCGACGCGCUGCACAACGUCAAGCGCUUGCGCAUGACGCGCAGCAUGUCCAACAAGGAAGCCGAGCUGAUCUACUCGACCAUGGUGCGGCAAGUGCGCACAUACGACCAAGUCGUCGAGCUCCUCACCUACCUCCCGAUGCACUUCGGCGGGCUGAUCCCCGUCGCGAACGGGCUCAUCCACCCGCUCGCAAGCGUCCGCAAUGACUGUCUCGACUUGCUGUGCACCAUCAAUCAGUACACUGUGGGGCGGCAUGCGUUGCUUACGCUAAACUACUUCUUGCGCAAGACGUUCGUCGAGCUACUCGAGCGGCGCGAGGCGACACGCGCGCUCCAGCGCCGCUUUGAUGAGCCGGAGAAGACGCCGGCAACGGCCAGAGCUGGCGAGCUCGCCGCGCAGCAGGCCCAGCCCGCCGCGCUCAAGGCUUAAUGCCCCAUAUCUCCUCCUUUUUUGGUCGGACGGAACUUUACGCUAUCAUACACAAUAAUCUAGACAUGUAUCAGUGGUUCUUGGG